UCCCCGUCUCUCCCGUUGCCUGCUUCUCAUCAACUGCUACUCAUCAACCGUGACGUCAAAGCGGCGCGGCACGGGGGAGUAGUCCUCGCGCGGAGCCUGCUGGAUGGUGCUGAAACAAGAUGGCUGUGCGCGCAGGAGGAGUAGCGGUGGAGAGCUGAGGCAAUGCAGAGGAGGAAGCAGAGGGGGGGCGAGGAAUCCACUCCUGUCUGUCCUGUCCUGUCUAAAGAGAACCAGCCCCACAGAGCAAGAGACAAGUGACUCUGAGAUGCUGCGGUUUUAUUUCCCGUUACUGUUUUAAGGGUAACGUUUUUUUGUCUGUGAGUUUUCGUGGCAGAGACCAACCAAAGGACUGACCAAACAAACCAGGGAACACUAAGUAAAGGACAGCCGGGGACGCUCACGCCGCUUUUAGAGAUGUCCCUGCUGUGUGUAGGAGUGAAGAAAGCCAAACUGGAUGGACCCCAAGAAAAAUUCAACACUUACGUGACUCUAAAGGUGCAAAAUGUGAAGAGCACAACCAUAGCUGUCCGGGGCAACUUGCCCAGCUGGGAGCAAGACUUCAUGUUUGAAAUUAACCGCCUGGACCUGGGUCUGACGGUGGAGGUGUGGAACAAAGGCUUAAUUUGGGACACUAUGGUUGGUACUGUGUGGAUUCCUCUCCACAGCAUCCGACAGUCAAAUGAGGAAGGUCCGGGUGAGUGGCUCACAGUGGAUUCUCAGGUCAUCAUGACUGACAACGAGAUCUGUGGCACCAAAGACCCCACCCUACACCUGGUCUUACUUGAUACACGCUUUGAACUGCCGCUAGAUAUCCCUGAGGAUGAGGCACGCUACUGGGCCAAAAAACUGGAGCAGCUUAAUGCCAUGAGGGACCAAGAUUACUCAUAUCAAGAGGAGCAGGAACCCCCACUCCGUGUACCAGGAACCCAGUGCUGUAACUGGAGUCUGUGGGGAGACCAACAAAAUGAAGACCCAGAUAGUGCUGUGGACGACAGGGACAGCGACUAUCGGAGCGAAACUAGUAAUAGCAUCCCCCCUCCUUACUACAGCACAUCCCAGCCCAAUGCCUCCGUCCACCAAUAUCCCAUCAGCCACCAGCACCGCAACUCCAGAAGCUUCUCUUACCCACGGUCUGGAAACAGUCAAGAACUUGACUACCACCAUCAGAGAACUGUCAGCCCCACUGGUAGCUAUGCAUCAUCAGCAGAGCUCAGUCAUUGCAGCAGCCAGCUGAGUGAGGAGGAUUACGGCGGUGAGUACGGAGAAAGGGACCCUUAUGAUGAGAACGACUCCUACCACUCCUGCCACUCCUCAGUAAGUUACAGUAAAGGCUCUCCAGACUGGGAUCCUGAUGAGACCCAGGGGGGAUACAGUGAUGAGUGUGGCUACAGCAAAGAUGGAGGAGAAGAAGUUGCUCUGUAUGAUGGAGAUGAUGGAGGACUGUAUGAGGAAGAGGAAGAGGUACUCUAUGAGGAUGAGGAGAUGAUGUAUGAUGAGGAGGAUUUGUACAAUUUAGAUGGGACCCUAAGUGAGGACAUGGAGCCACCAUUCACUCCAACUCCAACAUCAACUGCCCCCCCAACACUUGAGCCACUUAGCUCCAGACCUCCUCUAGAGAAACAGUCCUCUUUAAACCAACAGCAGCCUCCUGCUCAAGCCCCGAACCAAACAUCCAACCAGGCACAUCCCCAUGGCUUGGCACCAACAGCACAGCCUCCCACUGGGCAACAAACAGCCCAACCACCAAAACAAACACAAUCCCAAACACAACCUCAGCCACAGCCUGCCCCAUCUGCUACUUCUUUCUUCUCAAUGGCCAAGCCUUUAACAGCUGCCGUCACAGGCCUGGCUUCUUCUUUCCUGUCUUCAGUUCCCACUGCCCAGCCUGCCCAGUCCCACCCUCCAACCUCAGCUGUGUCUCAACAACACCAGUCUGCUGCAGCAAACUCCGUACCUCCAUCCCACCCAGCCACCUUAGCUAACUCAGCUUCCCAGCUGCCCUCCACCACUGGCCCUUCAUCCCAUCAGACCCCAUCCUUGACAUCACCUCAGUCCCAUGUGAAUGAUCCCACCACCACACAGUCAGCUGCUCUUGAGGAUCAGUGUCCCCAGUUGGAAGAAGACAUGUGGUUAGAAGAGGAGAUGAUUGAAGGGAAAGAGACCAGGACUCCCCCUGCUCAACAGGAUGAGAAGCUUCCUAUGGAGCAGAUAGAGGAGCAAUUUGAAGAGAGCAGACCACCCACGCCAGAAGAGCAAAAAGAGAUGCCACCUGAGAGUCCUCCAGUUCCAGAGGAACCCAAAGAGCCAGUCGAUCCAGCAGUGAGGGCCAAAGAGAACUGGUUAAGGCUCUACAACAAGGUCUUAGAACAGCUGCGGGAGGCUCGUGGAGAGACAUCCAGUUCGCUGUGGUUUGGUAAAGGAGGAAUGGGAGGUGCACUCUAUAGUAUUGACAGCAUGCCUGACCUUCGAAAGAGGAAAGCCAUUCCUCUCGUCAGAGAUCUGGCGAUGUCUCUCGUUCAAAACUCACGUAAAGCUGGAAUCACCUCCGCCAUGGCUUCCACCACUCUUGGCAAUGAGGAGCUGAAGAGUCAUGUUUAUAAAAAGACCCUGCAGGCUCUGAUCUACCCCAUCUCCUCUACUACGCCACACAACUUUGAGGUGUGGACGGCCACCACCCCCACCUACUGCUACGAAUGCGAGGGGCUACUUUGGGGUAUCGCACGCCAAGGCAUGCGCUGCUCCGAGUGCGGCGUCAAAUGUCAUGAAAAGUGUCAGGAUCUGCUCAAUGCAGACUGUCUGCAGAGAGCUGCAGAGAAGAGCUCCAAGCAUGGGGCAGAGGACCGGACCCAGAGCAUCAUCAUGGUCCUAAAGGAUCGUAUGAAGAUCAGAGAAAGGAAUAAGCCGGAGAUCUUCGAGCUAAUCCAGGAAGUGUUUGGCCUUGAUAAAACAACACAUGGGACGCACAUGAAACAGAUCAAGCAGAGCGUGCUUGAUGGCACAUCAAAAUGGUCGGCAAAGAUCAGCAUCACAGUGGUAUGUGCCCAGGGCCUCCAGGCUAAAGAUAAAACAGGCUCCAGUGACCCUUAUGUAACUGUCCAAGUUGGGAAGACGAAGAAAAGGACCAAAACCAUUUACGGCAACCUCAAUCCUGUCUGGGAGGAGAACUUUCAUUUUGAGUGCCACAACUCUUCUGACCGCAUCAAGGUUCGUGUAUGGGAUGAAGAUGAUGACAUCAAGUCUCGCGUGAAACAGAGGUUCAAACGUGAGAGUGAUGACUUCCUUGGUCAAACCAUCAUUGAAGUGCGCACUCUGAGUGGGGAGAUGGACGUUUGGUACAACCUGGACAAGAGAACAGAUAAGUCUGCUGUGUCGGGGGCCAUCCGGAUGCACAUAAGUGUGGAGAUCAAGGGAGAGGAGACAGUGUCUCCUUACCAUGUCCAAUACACCUGUCUGCAUGAGCAUCUGUUCCAGUACACCACAGAGGAACAAAACGGUGGUGUCAUAAAGAUUCCUGAUGCCAAAGGAGACGAUGCUUGGAAGGUGUACUUCGAGGAGACUGCCCAGGAGAUCGUGGAUGAGUUUGCCAUGAGAUACGGAGUAGAGUCCAUCUACCAGGCCAUGACCCACUUUGCCUGCUUGUCAUCUAAGUACAUGUGCCCUGGAGUGCCAGCUGUGAUGAGCACCCUGCUUGCCAACAUUAAUGCUUACUACGCCCACACCACCCAGUCCUCCAACAACGUUUCUGCCUCAGACAGAUUUGCUGCAUCAAACUUCGGCAAGGAGAGAUUUGUCAAGUUACUGGAUCAGCUGCACAACUCCCUGAGGAUCGACCUGUCAAUGUAUCGGAAUAACUUCCCUGCUAGCAGUCCUGAAAGACUACAAGACCUCAAGUCUACUGUUGACCUGCUGACCAGUAUCACAUUCUUCAGGAUGAAGGUCCAGGAGCUACAGAGUCCCCCCAGGGCGAGUCAGGUGGUGAAGGACUGUGUAAAAGCAUGUCUCAACUCCACCUAUGAGUACAUUUUUAACAACUGCCACGAUCUCUACAACAGGGAAUACCAAACAGACCCGUCAAAAGCAGUCCCCCCAGAUGAACAGGGCCCGAGCAUCAAAAACCUUGACUUCUGGUCAAAACUCAUUACCCUCAUCGUUUCCAUCAUAGAAGAGGAUAAAAACUCAUAUACCCCUUGCCUUAAUCAGUUUCCCCAAGAACUCAAUGUGGGCAAAAUCAGCGCGGAAGUCAUGUGGAACAUGUUUGCUCAAGAUAUGAAAUAUGCCAUGGAGGAGCAUGAGAAGCACCGGUUCUGUAAAAGUGCAGACUACAUGAAUUUGCACUUCAAGGUGAAGUGGCUCUAUAAUGAGUACUGCAAGGAGCUGCCUACUUUCCAGAAGCACGUACCUGAAUAUCCUGCCUGGUUUGAGCCAUUUGUCGUCAUGUGGUUGGAUGAGAAUGAGGAAGUGUCCAGAGAUUUUCUCCAUGGAGCUCUGGAGAGGGACAAGAAAGAUGGGUUCCAGGUCACUUCGGAGCACGCUUUGUUCUCCUGCUCUGUGGUGGAUGUGUUCUCUCAACUCAAUCAGAGCUUUGAAAUCAUCCGCAAGCUGGAGUGUCCCGACCCUCAGAUUGUUGGCAACUACAUGAAGAGAUUUGCCAAGACUAUCGGUAAUGUCCUGCUGUCUUACGCUGAUAUCAUUGCAAAGGACUUUCCAAAUCACGUCAAGAAAGAGAAAGUGCCCUGUAUUAUAAUCAAUAACAUCCAACAACUCAGAGUUCAGCUGGAGAAGAUGUUUGAGGCCAUGGGAGGCAAAAAUCUCAAUCUGGAGGCUAGUGACUUCCUGAAGGAGCUCCAAAACAAACUGAACAACGUCAUGGACGACCUCAGUCGCAUCUUUGCCGUGAGUUUCCAGCCCCAGAUUGAGGAUAAUGUCAGGCAAAUGGGGGACAUCCUAGCCCAGGUGAAAGGUCAAACUGUCCCAGCCAAUGGCAGCGUUGUGCAGGAGGCUGAUAAUGUCCUGCAACCCAUCAUGGACUUCCUGGACAGCAAUUUAUCAUUGUUUGCCAAGAUCUGUGAGAAGACAGUCCUGAAGAGGGUGUUGAAGGAGCUGUGGAAACUGGUGAUGAACACAAUGGAAAAAACAAUUGUGCUUCCAACACUUACAGACCAGACGGGCACACAGAUGAUCUUUAAUGCUGCAAAAGAACUGGGUCAGCUUUCCAAGCUCAAGGAACACAUGGGCCGAGAAGAGGCCAAAGCUUUGACUCCUAAACAGUGUGCAGUCAUAGAGUUAGCACUGGACACUAUUAAGCAAUACUUCCAUGCAGGCGGUGUGGGCCUGAAGAAGACAUUCUUGGAGAAGAGUCCGGAUCUGCAAUCUCUGCGCUAUGCCUUGUCUCUGUACACGCAGGCCACAGACAAGCUCAUCAGGAAGUUUGUCCUCUCACAGAAUGCUCAGGUUCAUGGAGGGAAAGGGAUCAGGUACUCAGCCAAUGAAGACACCCCGCCAGAAAAAGCAUCUGGAGUGGAUGCAGUCGGCGAGGUGAUAAUGAAUGUUGACAUUUUACCCCAACCGAAUGGAGAGCACAAGAUCAGUGUCAAAGUGGUUGCUGCUAAUGAUUUGAAAUGGAAAGCACAGGGCUUCAGGCCUUUUGUGGAAGUCUACAUCAUCGGCCCUCAUCUCAGCGACAAGAAGAGGAAGUUUGCCACCAAAUCCAAAAACAACACCUGGUCUCCAAAGUUCAACGAGAGCUUCCAGUUCUCGUUGGGCACUGAGGUGGGACCAGAGAGCUACGAGCUACAAGUGUGUGUGAAGGACUACUGUUUCGCUCGGGAGGACCGUACUGUGGGCAUGGCUGUGCUUCAGGUGAAGGACAUGGCCAACAAAAGCAGCGUCACCUGCUGGAUGGCGCUGGGCAGACGAGUCCACAUGGAUGAGACGGGCCUGACAGUGCUGCGCAUCCUCUCCCAGCGUAACAACGACGACGUGGCCAAAGAGUUUGUAAAGCUCAAGUCAGACCAGCGCUCAGCUGAGGAGGGCCGCAGCUGAGGGAGGAGGAAGAGGACGAAACCCGUGUGCACAAACGCAGCAGAGACACAUGAGAUAGACAUAAUGUUACGCACACAUAGCACUCACGCCUACAUAAAUAACCACGUGCAAUAUACAAGCACACAAAAAAGCUCUAUUGUAAAUAUAUCUGCAUACAUUAUGCAACAUUUACCUUGCAGUGUUAUCAAUGCAAAGAUGGGGACUUAUGUUUAUAAAAAAAAGAUUUGAUUUAAUUUUAUUUAUGCAGCUGCCCCAUUUAAGGCUCUCAGUUUAGGGUUACUGUCAGAUUAGCAAGCAGUUGUCCAUCUCUCACUCACUCUUUCCUAUGGCACAUCACACCUUUUAUAUGCUGUACAUUUAGUUGUGAUAUAAUGCACUGGAGAACAACAAACCAUGUGAAUAGUUUGAGAAUGACCACUUUGCACUUUUUGCUUCUCUGCAUCUUCAGGAGAGCAGUCUUUGCCUAGCUACGCUCCGUCCGUCCGUAUGUCUGUCCUGCCUGACUUCGUGUCGUUCCUCAGUGCGUCCUCCGCUCUUGUCGUUCGAUCUGCAUAGUCUUCCCACGGUGUGGUGUUAAGUUGGGGUUGAUAAACAGAUCUAAGACUAAGUCUUCUUUUCGCCCAAAAAAAAUUCCAAACAAGAUCUUGGAUCAGUGUGAAGGGGGCAACACCACUGCUAGUUUGUGUUGUAAUGUACCAAUGUCCUGCAUGUUGACCCCAUGAACACUGUGAUUCAUUUUGCUGUAAUCAUGGCAACUAUUCCCCUCCCACAUAAAAGAUGGGUGCCUCCAGUAUUUCAUCUGUGUGAGCAUGGUGCAUAUAACCCUGUUACAAUAAGGUUUUGUAAACAUGAGCUGACUAACCGUCAUAAUCAAAGAGAAAAUACACUGACAGUGGAUCGGUUCAGAGCCUAAUAUGUGACAUGUUAAUAGAAACAGAUGUGGCUGCAUUUUUAAAAUGCUUCAUACCACUUGAAACAGAGCAAUACCCCACUGUCUCUCACCCCUAGAGUGCACAUUAACUCCAAAAAGGGCUACAGGAUCAGUGGACUUCAGGCACUAAUACAUACGGUCCGCGCUUCUGUUAGCAAACUGACCACAAGGUUCUCCUGUGCACCUGCUCUGCUAGAGAAACAGUAGUUCACUGCAGACAUGCAACAAAUGAGAAAAUCAUGAAUGAUACUUGGGAACUGGGAGAAACCACAUGAACCCUGAAAGGUGACUUGACGCUGACCGACAUGUCACUGAAACACUUUCCUCCUUAUCACCUACACACAUAUAUAAACACAUCUACUUAAGGCAAUAGUGGUUUGUUUGUGUGUUUACAGGAACAUGUGAACAAACCCUUUGUGAAUUAUGCUGUCUUUUGUUGUUGUGUACAUGCGUGUGUGUGAGUGUAUUUGUGUGCGUGUGUAUGGGUUGAUGGUUGCUCCUCCAAAAUGGGCUUUUGAGAUUGUGAGCAAUACUUAAACACCCAAAAUGUAUGCGCUGUCAGUAUAGAAAACAGCAGGAGCAGCAUGUGCACUGUUCAGUUCCAAGGAAUGGGAAACUUAUGAUCACAUUUUUUGUAAAUCACUGAGAUAUUUUAUUUAUGGACUCAUAAAUUCCCAUUCCCAUUGGAAGUGUGUAAUUCUUUCCUGACAUAUUUGCUUAGGAGAAAGAAAGUGUUUUGAAUUACUGUUUGCUUUUAGUAGGACCAAAUUUGCAAAAACCACAGCUCAGUUUUUUUUCUUUUCUUUUUUUUUAAAGAAUGAAGCCAUCAAAGUCACGCCAAGCAUUAUGAUGUCCCUAUGUUCCUUUUAAUCAUGUGGAUUGAUAAAUCCGUUUUUCAUUCCCUGCAAAGAGGUGAGCAGACACUCAAAGCCAUAGUCUGGCUCGUCUUGUUGUCUUUUAGUGAAACUAAAUGUCAGUGGCGGUGACUAAACGCUGCAGGAAGCUUUUCUGUCACACCGUACCGGCUUAUCUGUUAUCUUAACUCAAAACUGCUUAGACCUACCAAAAAUAAAAUCUCUGAAUGUUAUUUAUCCUCAGCAAAGCCUUCUCUGUCUCAUCGAAAGGAUUGUUAAAUCUUGAACCACUUUUAGCUUCGAGAGACCAACUCAUGCCUUUGAUUUUGGUCACCAGAUAGCACUUGAGCCAUAAAAAUAUAUAGUCUGCUUGUUUUUUGUUUUUUUUUGUGAAAAAUCUUUAGUUGUGCAGUCCUUAUCAACAUUUAAAGGGGAACUCCACUGAUUUUACACAUCAG